AUAUAAUAUAGUUUAAUUGAUGCUAAAUUCUUCAUUAUCAAUAUUGCAAAUUGUUUCAAUAUUUUCCAUCAUGGCAGUUUCGUCAUGUACUGUUUUAUCGAUUGAACAAUACUAAUGUAGCCACAUGUCAUGGCUGAAAGAUGCACACAGUUUUAUGAAUGACAACAAUGUUAAUUCAUUAAAUUCUAUAUAAUAUAACAAUGCCGCAACAAAUAUCUACGGUGAAGUAUAAAGAUGUCACUAUUGAUUCAAAUAGACCAAAACUGCGUAAGAAUCGUAAAGUUGAAAAUAAAUGGGGUUCAUUGUAUCAAAUAAUUGUAGACGAUGCUGUGUUUGGAUAUUAUUCACCUUAUAUGCCAACAGAACCACCAGCAUCUUUAAGUGAAGAAAUUGUGGAAUCUGAUCCAUUAUAUGUGUGUAAACAAUGCAAAGAUAGUUUUCGCUUUCAAAGUAGCUUUGAGAAUCAUAACAAGCGACGUAGUUGGAUCUUAGGACUUUGGUGUCACAAUUGUUUUAUAACAAUAUGUACUCAUGCAACUGCAACAGGUUAUGCAUGUCCUCUAUGCAUGAAAAAAGAUAGUGAUAAACGUUCAUAUUUGAGAAUAAGAGGUUUAAUGAAGAAUCAAAAACUGGGCGUUACAAGGGUAUUCUACAACCAAUGCCAAUUCUUUGAACAUGUGAAAAAGCAUGGUAUAAGCACAGUGGAUAUGGGUGAUUUAAUGUUAAUGCCUUUACCUGGUAACAUGAAUGAAAGUGAUUGGUCACCUGAAGUUGAAAUAUUAUGCGAAGCACUUAUGGAACGCACAUUUUUAUCACGUGUGCAUAUUAUGGAUUGGUUAAAGAUAUAUAACUUGGAAGAUAACUGGUGGAAGUUGAGCAAUGGUAAAAGUAAUAAUAAUGUGAUAAAUAAAGUUGUUGAGGGUUAUCAAGGUCGACAAUUGUUUAAACCAUUUGAAGAGUCAACAGAAUUUAUAGACUUAAUUUUUUCUGGCAAUGUUGAUAUUACUGAUAGCAGUAUUAAGGACAAAGAUGCAAAUAAUUAUUUCGUAAAUAAAAGGGAAGACAAAAAUGUAUCAGAAAAUGAAGAUAAUCCUUGUAUGUCAACUGAUAUUGCUUUUGUGGAUUGUGGUCCUGCUGCACAAGAUUUCGAAUCAGAAUUAGCAAGUUACAUACCAUACAGAAAGCGGCUAACAGUUGUUACAAAAUCAACACAUGGUAUCAAAAGUUCAACUAAUGUGGUUAAAAUAAAUAAUAAAAAACAAAUUUCAACUUGUAAAGAUUUUUCUUCACUUAAAACAAAUAUGACUAGCGGAAGUAAUACCACUGUGAAAAUGGAGAAAAGUUCUAACAAAAAUGUCAUUAGACAAUCACCCAAAAAGUAUGGGAAAAAAUGUGGAACAGCGGAGUCACUUGUAAAAAAAGAGAACAUUAGUAAGCCUAUAAUAGAAACUGAUAUUAAUAAAAUUUUGGAUAAUCCAAUUAAACUUCCAAUCUCUGAUAAGAUUCUAAUUUCUGGUAAGAAGGUUUUACCUAAAAUAUUACCUAAGACUAAUUCAAAUCAUUUGGAGCAAGAGCAAACCUCAAGCAGUAGUUCCAAGUUAUCCACAACUAAAUCAUAUAGUUCGCAGCAAGAUCAAAUAUCAAACAGUAAUUCCAAGAUGCUAAAUGUCCAAAGUUCACAAAAUUCACAAAAUGCUGAUAAGAAGAUUAUAUCUAAAACUAAUUCAGAUAAUUUGGAACAAGAUCUUCAAACAUCAAUAAACAAUAAUUCGAAACAAUUAAAUGUUCAAACUGCAGCAAACACAGAUAUUACAUCAAUAAUUGAUCAAAUUCCGUCUCAUUUAAUUUCCAAUAAAUUGGUUGUUAUUGGACCAAAUUUAAAUAAGGUAAUUACUUGUGACAAGAAUGAAGUAUCCACUGAAAAAAGAUCAAGUAUAUUAGUAUUAAAUAACAGUAAUGAUACAGACAACAUGUCAUCACAAAAGAAAAUGUGUAAUUCUGUUAGUAUGAAGAAACAAGAAAAGAUUUUGAUAAAAAAUGGAAAAAAAUAUUUUAUUAAACAUCCAAAAAAUGUUACAAAGGAUAUAGAAAAUCCUUCUAAUUUGCCAAUUGAGAAUAGCACGACGAAAACUGGAAAACGGUUAGCACCUGAGCAUAAUACAUCCAUAUCAACAUCUAAUUCUAGCAAAGCAGAGAAUAAUGAUGUGGAACAAAUGGCUUCAUUUUCCAAUGAUAUUACUAUUUUAACACCUUCACCAUCCCCUUCAGAAUCGUCUAGCAGUUCUGGUUGGAUAAACGAGUCGAAUAGGAAAAGUUCAAUUACAUCAAAAUUACGCAAUGCACCUCCACAGGCAAUCACAGCACCAUCUGCUUCUGGUACAAUUCAGAGGAAAUAUAUGUUUGAAACAAUAUCAUUAACUGAGAAAAAUGGAGAUGUUUAUAUGGAUGUAAAAAUAGUAGAUCGUAUUUCAAAGGAAGGCUUUCGAGAUACGUUUGAAGUAAUACCAAAAUAUAGAGACCAAAUGAUUAAAGACUUUCAGCAGCUAUGUAGUUUUGAAUUGAAAGAACGGAUCAAUCAUCUACAACUUGCUGGUGAAGAAAUGAGAACAGUUUUGAAUUUUUUAUCAAGCAAUGUUCUAUGGGAGAAAUCAAGAUCUAUCAAUACUCUCCAAUGUAUAUUGGAAAAAUGCCUUCAGAAGUGUAAUCAAGAUACAAUGGAUAAGAGGAAUGAUGAUGAUGAUGUGACAUUAACUGAAUGGGAAUCGAAAAUAUCGAAAAUGGAUUUACAUAAAUGUCCAUCAUGUAAAAGGCUUAUAAAACCUAAAUCGUAUAUUCCUGGAUUUUCGAAAUUGUCUAAAAACGAAAAUCUAUAUUGUUCUUGUUACAAACUUAUUUGUCACGAGUGUCAAUGUUACCAAGAACAUCAAUCACGGUUCACUGCGCAUCAAAAUUAUCACAAGAAGUGUAAGCCUUAUAUCUGCCCAAAUUGCGAUUCCAAAUUCACUUCUGUCAGAUCUUUAGAAGUUCACACAUGGACUGUUUGUUUCCAUACUUUGAAGAAGUUUACUAUUGCCUGCAAAAUUUGUGAAAUAGAUGGUUUUAGAGACAUGGAAUCGAUUACCAGACAUAUUGUCACCAUGCACAGCACUACAAAGAUUGCUUGCGAAGAAUGUCGCAAGGUACUUUCUUCAUACAAUGAGUAUGUAAAACAUUCCACAGAGACGCAUCCAUCUAUACAUAAUCAAAAUCCGAUACGUUUGGUGAAAUGCAAACUAGGUAAUGUAAUCAUACGUUUUGAAAAUUUCAUGUUGUACGCAGAUAUGCAUCCUGCUAUUCGAAAAAAGAUAUGGUUUAAAUGUCCUUUUUGCUCGUUGAUAACUGUAGAAAAUAAACAUACGACUACAGUUUUAAAUGAUCAUUUACGAAAUAAGCAUUUUCAUCGCUUGUCGGAGAUCAUUAGCAAGGAAGCGUUGCACGAUAUAUUUGGAACAGAAUUUUUGACAGCUGAUGUAAAUGUAGUUUCUGAAACUCCCGUAGAUACGUUUACAAACGAGGAAACAAACAAUACCGUAAUACCUAAAAUUGUGAAUGCUCGAACUAUCUCUUCAGAAAUAUUCGAACAUGGCGCAGAAAAUGAAAUAUCUCUUUGGAAAUAUGGCAAUUCGAACUUGGCAUGGUCUAAUAUAGAAAUAAAGCGAUCUAAAAUGGAAAAUGUUGAUGAUAAACAAAAUGUAGGAUCAUUGCCAAAAAUUCUCAACGUUAAAUCAAUGAAUAAUUUAAAGUCGUCGAAACCUAAGGAAGCAAUCGCAAAAACUUCAACCGAAUCUAAAGAAAAAUCUAAUUCUCAAUUUCCUCAAGCUAAAACAGACGAGAAGAACGAUCCAUUAGCAGGUAAAAAUACAAAACGAAUGAAAUUAAAUGAUAGCAAAUCUGACAAUAAAGAAGAAAUAGAAAAGAUAGAAGAGCCUGAUAAAAUUAACAACGAAUCACUUGUAUCAACAGAUAUGAAUGAUGUCCGUGUAAACUCAUUGAUUGAAUCGUGCAAAAAACCCUUGGAUUUGGAAUUCACGUCUAAAUCAAGUAUAGAUGGUCGUAUAAAAGUAGUUGAUAUUAAGAAAAUUUGUAAACCGAAUAUAGAGCCAUUUGUUACAGUUGAACCGAAAGAUACAUCGAUGAAAGAGGAUGAAAACACAAGUUACACGACAUUCGUCUCACAACCUCCUCCGCUUAUCAAGAUUUCGCAACAUUUAUUUGAGUCUAUGAAAGUUUACAAACCAGAUAAUUCAAAGAAUGUUGCAAGGAUGAACAAAUCUUUUGUUCCAAGAAUAAAAAACAACAAGAAGACGAAAGAGCGUUUCGCUAUACAUGGAACAGAUACGCAAGAGACAAAUGUCGAUUAUAUGUGCCACUUAUGCGGCGAACGGAUUAAUACUUCUACAUCCGUGAUGCAAACACACUUCCAGGAAAGGCACUUGCAUGAAUGCAAAUUGGCGAUAAUCACUCCACGGUUGACACGAAUGUCGCCUGAUUUUAUUAAUGAUGGUUACAAGCAGUUUAUCAGUAGCAAAAAACGAAAAGCGGAUAGCGCUUUUCUCGCGUCCAAGAGGAAGCGUCGAUGGACUCCGAAGAAACAUGCAGAAACGAAAGAUGCGAACGCGCCCGUAGGACUAUGUGUGGAACAAGAGACGGCAGAGGAUGGCGAAGGAAAUUUUAAAUGUAAGAAGUGCGAUCAACGUUGCACUGAUAUGUCCGACUUGAGAGAACACAUUGCUGCCAAUCAUCGACUAAAGGGUCGUUACUUGAUAUGCCUGGAAUGCGGCGAGAAUUUUGUGGUCGCGCCCAGCUUGCAAAUGCAUCUCAAAGCUUUCCACGGAAUAGAGGAUCCUAUCAAUUAUAUGAAUCAAAAUCCCUCUUACGCUCCUGGCAUCGAUGGCGACUCUGAAGCGGAAGGAAAAACAACGGUGGCUAAUCAAUGUUACGUUUGUAUGGCAGUUUUCGAAGAUAAGGCUGCAGUAGAUAAACACUUGAGGGUGCAUGGUAUGGCUUUCUUAAAUCGUAAGCGAAUAGAAGCAAGAAAUGCCUUGAGAAGUCCUGAGAAGAAGACUAAUGUAGAAGAAGAUAAACAAAAUGUUGCUAAAGACACUCGAAAGGAGACGGUGAAGCAGGAUAAGCCAGCAGAAAUAAUUCUAGAAAAACUUAACGUUACAAUAUAGAGUUGCAGGUGCUGAAAUGUAUAAAUAAAAAUAAUAAUGUACAUACUGUAAUGAAUUCAUUAAUCUUGUU